GCGGAAGCUUUCACGGGCAGACUCGCUGCCAGCGGAUUGGCUGCGAGCAGCGCCAAUCUCACGUUCCCCCCGGGCGAGGCGGGACUCAGUGCCGCGCUCGCUGCACCCGCUCCGCCGCGCGCGCGCGUGCUGGGUGCGAGUGCGGAGUCGGGCCUGCGCUCCGGAUGAGACGCUGGCUGCUUGCCGGUAGUGGAUGGUAGUUGCAUGCCUCGCGCUAGCAGGAAGGUAGUGUGGUGUGACUAACGGGCACACCUGUUGUCCUUAACUGACUUUCCGGGUCAUCAGCACUCCUUCAGAAGUGUUCCUUUUCCCUCCCAGCAAAUAUGGAAGACUGACUAUCCUGAUAUUCCCAGACAUUCUUUGCUGUGAUUUCUGCUCUGUUAAAAGCAAAAAUGAAACAAUUGCCUGCGGCAACAGUUCGACUCCUUUCAAGUUCUCAGAUCAUCACUUCGGUGGUCAGUGUUGUAAAAGAGCUUAUUGAAAACUCCUUGGAUGCUGGUGCCACAAGCAUAGAUGUUAAACUGGAGAACUAUGGAUUUGAUAAAAUUGAGGUGCGAGAUAACGGGGAGGGUAUCAAGGCUGUUGAUGCACCUGUAAUGGCAAUGAAGUACUACACCUCAAAAAUAAAUAGUCAUGAAGAUCUUGAAAAUUUGACAACUUACGGUUUUCGUGGAGAAGCCUUGGGGUCAAUUUGUUGUGUAGCUGAGGUUUUAAUUACAACAAGAACGGCUGCUGAUAAUUUUAGCACCCAGUAUGUUUUAGAUGGCAGUGGCCACAUACUUUCUCAGAAACCUUCACAUCUUGGUCAAGGUACAACUGUAACUGCUUUAAGAUUAUUUAAGAAUCUACCUGUAAGAAAGCAGUUUUACUCAACUGCAAAAAAAUGUAAAGAUGAAAUAAAAAAGAUCCAAGAUCUCCUCAUGAGCUAUGGUAUCCUUAAACCUGACUUAAGGAUUGUUUUUGUACAUAAUAAGGCAGUUAUUUGGCAGAAAAGCAGAGUAUCAGAUCACAAGAUGGCUCUCAUGUCAGUUCUGGGGACUGCUGUUAUGAACAAUAUGGAAUCCUUUCAGUACCACUCUGAAGAAUCUCAGAUUUAUCUCAGUGGAUUUCUUCCAAAGUGUGAUGCAGACCACUCUUUCACUAGUCUUUCAACACCAGAAAGAAGUUUCAUCUUCAUAAACAGUCGACCAGUACAUCAAAAAGAUAUCUUAAAGUUAAUCCGACAUCAUUACAAUCUGAAAUGCCUAAAGGAAUCUACUCGUUUCUAUCCUAUUUUCUUUCUGAAAAUCGAUGUUCCUACAGCUGAUGUUGAUGUCAAUUUAACACCAGAUAAAAGUCAAGUAUUAUUACAAAAUAAGGAAUCUGUUUUAAUUGCUCUUGAAAAUCUGAUGACGACUUGUUAUGGACCAUUACCUAGUACAAAUUCUUAUGAAAAUAAUAAAACAGAUGUUUCCACAGCUGACAUUGUUCUUAGUAAAACAGCAGAAACAGAUGUGCUUUUUAAUAAAAUGGAAUCAUCUGGAAAGAAUUAUUCAAAUGUUGAUACUUCAGUCAUUCCAUUCCAAAAUGAUAUGCAUAAUGAUGAAUCUGGAAAGAACGCUGAUGAUUGUUUAAAGCACCAGAUAAGUGUUGGUGACUUUGGUUAUGGUCAUUGUAGUAGUGAAAUUUCUAACAUUGAUAAAAACACUAAGAAUGCAUUUCAAGACAUUUCAAUGAGUAAUGUAUCACAGGAGAACACUCAGACGGAAUAUAGUAAAACUUGUUUUAUGGGUUCCGUUAAGCAUACCCAGUCAGAAAAUGGCAAUAAAGACCAUAUAGAUGAGAGUGGGGAAAAUGAGGAAGAAGCAGGUCUUGAAAACUCUUUGGAAAUUUCUGCAGAUGAGUGGAGCAGGGGAAAUAUACUUAAAAAUUCAGUGGGAGAGAAUAUUGAACCUGUGAAAAUUUUAGUGCCUGAAAAAAGUUUACCAUGUAAAGUAAGUAAUAAUAAUUAUCCAAGCCCUGAACAAACGAAUCUUAAUGAAGAUCCAUGUAACAAAAAAUCAAAUGUAAUAGAUAAUAAAUCUGGAAAAGUUACAGCUUAUGAUUUACUUAGCAAUCGAGUAAUCAAGAAACCCAUGUCAGCAAGUGCUCUUUUUGUUCAAGAUCAUCGUCCUCAGUUUCUCAUAGAAAAUCCUAAGACUAGUUUAGAGGAUGCAACACUACAAAUUGAAGAACUGUGGAAGACAUUGAGUGAAGAGGAAAAACUGAAAUAUGAAGAGAAGGCUACUAAAGACUUGGAACGAUACAAUAGUCAAAUGAAGAGAGCCAUUGAACAGGAGUCACAAAUAUUAAAAGAUGGCAAAAAAAAGAUAAAACCCACCAGCGCAUGGAAUUUGGCCCAGAAGCACAAGUUGAAAACCUCAUUAUCUAAUCAACCAAAACUUGAUGAACUCCUUCAGUCCCAAACUGAAAAAAGGAGUCAAAAUAUUAAAAUGGUACAGAUCCCCUUUUCUAUGAAAAACUUAAAAAUAAAUUUUAAGAAACAAAACAAAGUUGACUUAGAAGAGAAGGAUGAACCUUGCUUGAUCCACAGUCUCAGGUUUCCUGAUGCAUGGCUAAUGACAUCCAAAACAGAGGUAAUGUUAUUAAAUCCAUAUAGAGUAGAAGAAGCCCUGCUAUUUAAAAGACUUCUUGAGAAUCAUAAACUUCCUGCAGAGCCACUGGAAAAGCCAAUUAUGUUAACAGAGAGUCUUUUUAAUGGAUCUCAUUAUUUAGACGUUUUAUGUAAAAUGACAGCAGAUGACCAAAGAUACAGUGGAUCAACUUACCUGUCUGAUCCUCGUCUUACAGCGAAUGGUUUCAAGAUAAAAUUGAUACCAGGAGUUUCAAUUACUGAAAAUUACUUGGAAAUAGAAGGAAUGGCUAAUUGUCUCCCAUUCUAUGGAGUAGCAGAUUUAAAAGAAAUUCUUAAUGCUAUAUUAAACAAAAAUGCAAAGGAAGUUUAUGAAUGUAGACCUCGCAAAGUGAUAAGUUAUUUAGAGGGAGAAGCAGUGCGUCUGUCUAGACAAUUACCCAUGUACUUAUCAAAAGAGGACAUCCAAGACAUUAUCUACAGAAUGAAGCACCAGUUUGGAAAUGAAAUUAAAGAGUGUGUUCAUGGUCGCCCAUUUUUUCAUCAUUUAACCUAUCUUCCAGAAACUACAUGAUUAAAUAUGUUUAAGAAGAUUAGUUACCAUUGAAAUUGGUUCUGUCAUAAAACAGCAUGAGUCUGGUUUUAAAUUAUCUUUGUUAUUAUGUGUCACAUGGUUAUUUUUUAAAUGAGGAUUCACUGACUUGUGUUUAUAUUGAAAAAAGUUCCAUGUAUUGUAGAAAACGUAAAUAAACUAAUAUAGACUAUUCAUUUUAUUCUCAA